UUCAUAUUCUCUUUGUAGAUUAGAAAUAUUUUCGAGUAAAAAAACCGGAAAAAAUUCGACACAUUCUUAAUAUCUCAACGAUUCACCCAUGGAUCCUCUGAACGUCGUGGACAUCAAUAAUUCGGAACAUUCGCUUGUCGAAAGCAUAGAAUGCACUCCUGAAUAUGAUUCGUUACCAAAUAGACUUAAACGGCACAUUACUAAAAAAAGAAAAAUGCCGAAACUGGAAAAUCAUUGUACGAAGAAAGAUACGAAAAAGCAAAAUCACGAUCAGAACAAGAUCAAGAAGAGGAAAUCCGAGCUCUUUUUGGAAUGUGCCACAUGUGGUGAACGAUUUAGCGACAAAUCCACUAUGAUAAAACACAUGAGCCAGCAUAAAUACCAAUGUCAAACCUGUUGCCAGAGUUUCAGUUUGAAACGAGAUCUAAAGCGUCAUAUCGAGAAGGUUCACGGACUUCUACUCUAUCCUUGCAGCAUUUGCGAGUACAAGAGCAACAAUAAAUGCACCCUAAAGGAUCACUUCAUAAGGAAACACACUAGUAGCUUCCAGUAUAUCUGCACGGUUUGCAAGAAGCAGUUCAAAAUCAAGAAUGAUUUGAAGCAACAUAUGAAUCAAGUGCAUAGUGGCGAACCACCCAUCAUUUGUAGCAUCUGCGGACAUGCGUGUAAGAAUGUGCCUGCCAUCAAGGCGCACAUGAAGUACCGACACUACAAGCCGGCUUACGAGUGCAAGAUAUGCAAACGUGGCUUGACCACGCAAGAGAACCUGAACCAGCAUCUAAUCUGGCAUGAACGGAAGGAGAAGGUCGUCUGUCCUACUUGCGGCAAGACUUUUGGCCAGAAGAGAGAUUUGGAUCUUCAUUUGAGGAUCCAUCAGGGUAUCCGACCAUUCUCUUGUCCAGUUUGCAACAAGACUUUUCCUAGAAAGACCGCGCAAGAGCAACACAUAUUAAUUCACACCGGCAAGAGACCGUAUAUUUGCGAUAUCUGCGGCCAAACUUUUGCACAGAAACCGGGACUCAUUUGCCAUAGGAAACGUCAUCCUGGACCACUGCCGCCGUUACCUGUAGUAUCUAUUAAAAAAAUAAUCAUGGACUUUACGCAAGAAUUGGGAGUUUCUCAUAUGCAGCAACAAGAUAAAAUAACGUUAGAUAGCUAAAUGUCAAUUCGGAAAGAAUUCCGCUGCAUUGACGACAAUUCGCCGUCCGAAAUUAAUGAAGUUUGUUCAGAUUAAUUUUAAAAUACACAAGAUGUUCUUGUACAUACAUAUAAAUACAUGACAGAUCAAUUAUGAUCACGAAUUUCGAAGAAGAAUUUGUUUUCUAUAAUU